CACAGCAGGAUCAGAGAGAGAGAGAGGCUGACACUCACACUGCUGCUCGAUCAUGAUGAUGACGAUGGAGAUGCAGUAUAAUAAUAAUAAUAACGGAUAUGUUGUGGAGGAGUACAUGAUCCAGGAGGAUGACUGGGACAGAGACAUGUUGCUCGACCCCGCGUGGGAGAAACAGCAGAGGAAGACGUUCACCGCCUGGUGUAACUCUCACCUUCGGAAAGCGGGAACUCAGAUCGAGAACAUCGAGGAGGAUUUCAGGAACGGACUGAAGCUGAUGUUACUGUUGGAGGUCAUCUCAGGUGAAAGGCUUCCCAAACCAGACCGGGGAAAGAUGCGCUUCCACAAGAUAGCCAAUGUGAACAAGGCUCUGGAGUACAUCACCAGUAAAGGGGUGAAACUGGUGUCCAUCGGCGCUGAGGAGAUUGUUGAUGGAAAUGUGAAGAUGACUCUGGGAAUGAUCUGGACCAUCAUCCUCCGCUUCGCCAUCCAGGACAUCUCAGUGGAGGAAACCUCAGCUAAAGAAGGGCUCCUGCUGUGGUGUCAGAGGAAAACGGCCCCCUACAGGAACGUCAAUAUACAAAACUUCCAUAUCAACUGGAAGGACGGUCUGGCGUUCUGUGCGCUCAUUCACAGACACAGGCCUGACCUGAUCGACUACUCCAAACUCAACAAGGACGAUCCUCUUGGAAAUCUCAGUCUGGCUUUAGAAAUCGCGGAGAAACACUUGGACAUCCCUAAAAUGUUGGACCCAGAAGACAUCAUUAACACCCCGAAGCCUGAUGAGAGAGCCAUCAUGACCUACGUGUCCUGUUUCUAUCAUGCUUUCGCUGGUGCAGAACAGGCAGAAACAGCGGCUAACAGGAUCUGUAAAGUGCUUGGAGUGAAUCAGGAAAAUGAGAAACUGAUGGAGGAAUAUGAACGACUGGCCAGUGAGUUGUUGGAGUGGAUCGUGCGCACCACGCCGUGGCUCGAGAAGCGCAGCGCUGAGAACACACUCUCUGCCAUGAGGUGCAAACUGGAGGAUUACAGAGACUAUCGGCGUUUGCACAAACCACCCAAAGUCCAGGAGAAAUGCCAGCUGGAGAUCAGCUUCAACACACUCCAGACCAAACUACACAUCAGCAACAGACCCGCAUUCAUGCCCUCAGAGGGGAAGAUGGUGUCUGACAUCACGAGCGCGUGGCACGGUCUGGAACACGCAGAGAAGGGUUAUGAGGAGUGGCUGCUCAGUGAAAUCAGGCGUUUGGAACGAGUGGAACAUUUGGCGGAGAAGUUCCAGCAGAAAGUCUCUACGCACGAGAGCUGGGCUCAGGGAAAGGAUCAGCUGUUGACUCUGAAGGAUUACGAGAGUGCAUCCCUCACGGAGCUGAGAGCGUUGCUACGGAAACACGAGGCGUUUGAGAGUGACCUCGCGGCUCAUCAGGACCGAGUCGAGCAAAUCGCCGCCAUUGCACAGGAACUCAAUGAACUGGACUAUCACGCUGCUGGUGUCAUUAAUGAACGCUGUCAGAUGAUCUGUGAUCAGUGGGAUCAGCUGGGAACUUUGACUCAGAAACGCAGAGAAGCUCUGGAGAGGACAGAGAAGCUCCUGGACACGAUUGAUCAGCUGUUUCUGGAGUUUGCUAAGAGAGCGGCUCCGUUUAAUAACUGGAUGGAAGGAGCGAUGGAGGAUCUGCAGGACAUGUUCAUGGUGCACUCGCUCGACGAGGUUCAGAAUCUGUUGUCGGCUCAUGAUGUGUUCAAGACGACGCUCCCCGAGGCCGACAGCGAGCGCCAGGCCAUCCUCAGCAUCUACAGUGAAGUGCAGAAGAUCACGCAGAGUUACGGGAUCUCCAGCCAACUCACCAACAUCUACAGCGACAUCACUCCGGCACACAUCAACCAGUCCUGGGAGAAGGUGAAGAGGUUGGUUCCUCAGAGAGGAAACUCUCUUCAGGAGGAAAUGUCACGACAGAAUGUGAACGAGAGAUUCAGACGACAGUUUGCGGCCCAAGCCAAUGCCAUCGGACCCUGGAUACAGACUCGCAUGGAGGACAUCGCUCGCAGCUCGAUGGAUCUGGGCGUCACACUGGAGGAUCAGAUGAACACACUCAAACAAUACGAGCAUGACAUCAUCGGCUACAAACACAACAUCGACAAACUGGAGGGAGACCAUCAGCUCAUCCAGGAGUCGCUCAUAUUCGACAACAAACACACCAACUACACCAUGGAGCACAUUCGUGUGGGAUGGGAGUCUCUGCUCACUACGAUCGCUCGCACCAUCAACGAGAUCGAGACUCAGAUUCUGACGCGCGACGCUAAAGGAAUCAGCCAACAGCAGCUCAACGAGUUCAGAUCCUCCUUCACACACUUCGACCGGAAGAAGAAGGGAGGCAUGGAGACGGAUGACUUCAGGGCCUGUCUGAUCUCGAUGGGUUAUGAUCUGGGUGAAGCCGAGUUUGCGCGGAUCAUGUUUUUGGUGGAUCCCAACGGCUCCGGUAAGGUGACGUUCCAGGCCUUCGUGGACUUCAUGACCCGUGAGACCGGAGACACGGACACCUCGGAGCAGGUCGUCGCCUCCUUCAGGAUCCUGGCUGCGGAUAAGCCGUAUAUCCUGGUGGACGAGCUGCGUCGGGAGCUGCCCCCGGAUCAGGCGGAGUACUGCAUCUCCAGGAUGCCCCCGUAUACAGGACCUGAUGGAGAGCAGGGGGCUCUGGACUACACGGCGUUCUCUACGGUCCUGUACGGAGAGAGCGACCUCUAGCGGUCUGGAGUCCAGAGAGAGCAGGACCGCAUGUGU